GGGGACUGGGGGCGGAGCUUGGCGAGGAAGGCUACCGUACAGCGACCCAGAUGAACCCGACGUUCCGGGAGCUCUUCCUCCUCCUGCAGAAUGAAGACGCUCUGGUCUUAAGCCGUCGCCGAGCUGUGAGUAAAGACUGGAGCAACAGGAAGUCACACAAUGAGCAUCAUCAUCUGUGUGUGUGUGUGUGUGUGUGUGUGUGUAUGAAUGUGUGUGUACCUGCAUGUGGAGGCUCUAGGUGUGCUGUCAGGUGUUCUGGUAAGAGCCAGGUCACACUGGUCCAAAAGCUCCAACAGCUCCUCCUCUGUCGGCCCUCCCAGUGCUGCAAGACAUCCAAUCAGAGCCUACUUCAGCGCCAACCAAUCACAGAGCUCGAGGGUGGGGACCGAUCAGGUCUGACCUCGGAUGUCUACUUUGCCAGCGAUCUCCAUGGCGGUGGUCAGGUCCCACAUCUGGAUGCUGCCGUUGCCAUGGCCGCUGAACAGGUAGCGGCGUGGACGUGAGCCAAUCCGACUGGAUCCUUCGCACUCGUGGACCAUGAAGGCUGUGAUUGACGUGCCAUCCACGGAGCGCACCUCACACACCCUAAAUAACAGUCAGUGUCAUUAGGACCAGAACUAUCAAGGAGACACACACUAACGCGCACACACACCUCUUGCCAUUGGACGACAACCUAACGUAGAGUUUGUCGGUGUCCGGUACGACUCUCUGGAUGAACACCUGCUGGUCGUCUCGCUCGCCAUAUGGUCCUGACACCACAACACAAGGUCAGCAUGCAACGCUUGACCCCGCUAACAGCUGGUAUGCUACCUAUCUCGGUGCCAGCGCUGCAGCCCGCGUGAGCGUCGGCUUCGUCCAGGCUGAGGAUCUUGAAGGAGGUGAGCGGCGUGGAGCCCGGCUGGGUGGAGAUCAUCCCUCUGAAGCGGGUCACGGUCCAGGUGCGUACGUGGUUGUUGUCCGCGCACACUGGUGGCCCACAAACAAAGCAACGUUAUCGAACGGGACAACACGCAAACAGGUCACAUGGUCCCAGUCCGGUACCUGAGAUGAGGUGUUUCUCAGACAACAUGAUCUUAGUGACGGGGCUGCGGUGGACUGAGAAGGUCUGGAAGAGCUGGGGGCCUGAGCCCACUGUCUCCGGGUGCUGCACGAUGACCCGAACUGAGCCGGAGCUGGUGCCGUAAGCGAUCUCGAUCCAGUUGCCGCUGUCGCCUGAGCGGUACAGAAACAAGUGUGACGAAGAUGACAGUUAACGAGCCGCGGCACCGGUCGGCUCUGAGGGUCCGUACUGGUUUUCGGUGUGAGGUACACGCUCAGCGCAGUGAUGGCGUCCUCAGUCGGGUCGCGGUAAAGUUCUGUCACCAGCAGGUCGUUGUCUUUCAUCCUCAAAGGAAACUUCUGGACAUCUGGAACAACAACCAAAUGCCGAUAUAACAGCUGUGUGUGUGUGUGUGUGUGUGUGUGUGUGUGUGUGUGCGUGGUUGUUACCAAUGUAGUAGAUGGAUCCAUUGUUGCAUCCGAGGAUGAGGAAUGAUCCCGCAGUGUCAUAGCUGCUGAUGGGAACAACAUCUUGGUUCUGCUCGGACAAAGAAAGACACAUUGAUGGCCGUUCUUCAGGUGUACGUCGAUGAGGGGGCGUCUCAAGCCCACCUGCCAGUGUUUGGUGACGGCGUUCCACACUCCAACCUUCCCAGUGUGGCUGGUGGCGAUCAGCUGGUUUCCAACGAAGAAGAGCGCCUCCACGGGCACGUUGAGGCUGAAGACGCCUGCGUGGCAACACACCGUGAGGCCACCCGCUGGACGCAUAAGGAAGGACCGCCAAAGUCUCACCUAUUUCGUUCCCGUUGCCGUCUGAGCAGAUGGACCACAGGAUGAUCUCCGUUCCCGAGGCGACGGCCACCAUCUUGUCAUUGUCCCCCAGCGAGCCGCCCAUCACUUUGGCGUUGAGCGCAACCCGGUCGAUGACCCAGUCCAGUCGAGGAGACGUGAAGACCUGCUGCCACCCGGUGGACUCCUUCACCCUGGCAGACGGAACACAGGGAACAUUUUGUAAAAGUUCUUAUUGUCACAGUUGAAUGAAAGCUUUGUUGGCAAUGGCGUAUACCUGUAACACACCACAAACUGAGAGUACGCCACCGCUAUCCAGUUGUGAUGGCCACAGAUGAUCCGAACCAGGCCCGGAUCUGAUGACGGACCUACACAAACGUUCUGUGUUGUAACUUUUGAUGCAGAACCACGCCAACAUUGACAGGCAGUGUCCUAACCUCCAGAUAUCCUGUCAUCCCCUCUGGCCAGCAUCCCCGAGUUACCCAGGUUAGGGGGCAUGGUGUUACUGCGUCUGACGGGCGCUCUUUCCCCAGGCAUGACUCGACCUGUCAUAAACUGUGACCCCGCCACGCUGUGACGAUUGCGACGCUUGGCUGGAUACACUGGGACACAGACAGGAAGUCAUUAUCGCCAUCGGGUGAGGAUGCCACGACACCAUCAGGUGUGUUUUGGGAUUACCCGGCGGUGGCAGGUAGCCGUUAAAGAGGACGUUUCCACAGGAGGAGCGGUCCAACUCGUCACACAGCUGCAGCUUACGCACUGGACACACAACAAUGAUGUCAUCACACGGGAAACAUCUACCAUCCUGUGCGGCGGACUAGCUCACCGAGCGGCGUGAUGCCAUAGAACUCAGCCUCGUGCAUAAGCAUGUGCACGCUGAUGGAGCGUGGGUGGAGCUCUUUGGUCCGCAAGAAGUUGAGGAUGGGUGCAAACAGGGAGGGAUCCCUGUCAAUGAAGAUCUAUGGCAAACAAGGGGGUGAAACCACUCAUCACAAAAACAACCAUGCUAGCUGAUGCUAAUUCACUCACGGCGCCGGUUUCAUCCUUCAAAGUGGAGAUCCGGCCGCUCAACAGACUGAAAAGAUACACUCAGCAGUUAUAAUAGUAACUAUAUUUAUACAAUUGUUACAUUAAGUCAUAUAAACAUCCCUUUGAGUCAUAAUGUCACCAAACAAGAAAGAUUUAACACUACAAGAUUCACUUGCCUCUUGUUUGAAUGUGAUUAUUUCUAAAAUAAUUACCAUAUUCUAAAAUAUGUAAAAUAUUAUACACCAUUAUUAUGUGAACAGGUCGGUAUACGUUUGUUUUAUUCACCCACCUGGAGAAAAAGGAGUCAGGAACCCAAGUAAGCGUCUGUCGGGAAGUGCUGAACCUUCAAAACAAACACACCCUUCAGAAACCACUCCAGUGUGUUUUUAGAAACAAAUGUAAGAAGCUAAGAGGUGAAAGUGUGACAAAACGUGAGGACUUCGAAGCUAAGAGAGAAACUUCUCGUCAAGCUUCGUCCCACCAGUUGUUUUCAAAUCAGCCAUUUGUGUAUAACAAGAGUUGAGAUAGCAUGUCACAAUUAGUUCCAUAGCCAACGUUUAGUGGUCAAAGUUUAAGAUAACAUUUAGCCCCGGCUCGUUGAAUAUUGAACUUUAGUAAAACAAGAGCCAGGCUGAGUGUUUUAGUACACUGUAGAACCAAGUAGAGGGAUGGACCUUAGUGACGGAGUUGCUGGGACCUUAACGUGUCCGACAAUGGAAGCUUCCCAUAGCGCUAAGCUAGCUGAGCUGCACUUGGUUAUCAAAGAUGUCGGCGCUUCCUCACCUUUUCCCGCCCACGUUUAAGUGGAUUAAAUCUCCGCUUCUUGCCGUGUUGGACAUCGUCUCGACAGUCUGACGCACCAGCGACCCGGGAAACAAACAACUCCAAUUUUAAUCCAUGUUUGGAUCGAUUCAGGUGCUGUUCGUGUUGUUAAAUCCACUUCCGGUCGGAGAGUGAAGGGACUUGUGGAUGGAGAGAAAAGCUGUGGCGGACUUUUGAACUGGAUCAGGACUCAGUCGUCUUCUUCUGGUUUCAUGGCGUUUAAGUUUCACUUUCUGCUGCAAUGAUAAGUCGCAGACAAGUAAGUGACAAUUUAGCACAUUGCUCUAUUACCUUCAUUAUGUUGAAGGUCAGAAAAAGGAUGGUUGAAAAGUGAUUUUAAAAUUCAAAAUAUAAUAACAAGUUGUUUUAAUAGGUUAUCACGGUUUUUUUUAUGUACUUGCCAUGUCGCCACCACACCAGUAGGUGUCACUGCGCUGAAUUACCAGCAAUGGAAUAAAUAUGGCGCUUGUGCUGGAGGCAACUCAUCAUUUGUCUCUUUAAGUAUGUAUGAAGCACCAUGGCCGACAAAGAAGUGUUUCUAUUUGCAUUGAUGCCUCUAUCUGCAGAUGGUGUUUGAGCAGAGAUGCUCCACAUCCUGCUGGUGUGCUUCCUGCCAUUCAAAAGAGCAAAGCAGCGUGGGUAGAGCUUGUUUGGACUCUCAGCUGGGGGUGGGUGGACCUUUCAGUCUCGUCCAAAGAUGACACCGCGGCAGGAAAGAGGUUGUGGACCAAAGAGAUGGGAUCAAGUGAGAACAAGAGUGGAGCUUAAGUCUGGACCGUUUCCUGAUGUGUCCUCAGGGACGGAAUGAAGGUGAGUGCAACAGAAAACUGGACUAUCAAGGGGGACGAAUUAGUGUCCAAUUUGCUCUUUGAGGAGAGCCAAAAAUGAUCUCAUUCCUAAGUCAGCCUCCAGCCAUGUUGGCAGGCGGUGAUGCAUCUCCGCUGGGAUGCCUGACUGGUGGACAAGACUCAGAGGAACGGUGAUGAGGAAAGAGAGAGAGGGAGACAGUGGGCGGAGGGACAUCAUCAGACGGAAAGAAAAGUGCAACCACAAGCAAACACAACAAGUCAGCAGCUCACAGCUAAGCUUCGUCCAAUGCUUGUGAGGCAUGGAUAGCAUUAAUUCCACCCUCCUCCCCGCCAACCAAUCAGACAUCAGCAGCGUUUUCACACAUCAGGUGCUUCCAUCGCUGUAUUUUGUCAUCUGCCUGGUUGGCGUGCCCCUCAACGGCGUGGCCGCCUGGAUAUUCUUCCGGGUCCCCAGCGACUCUGCACUGGUGGUCUACCUGAAGAACAUGGUGGUGGCCGACCUGCUCAUGCUGGCCACCUUCCCCUUCAGGGUGGCGGUUCAGCUGGGGCUGGGCGGGUGGCGCCUCCAUGUGGUGGUGUGCCGCUACACCUCGGUGCUCUUCUACUCGUCCAUGUACGUGGGUAUCCUCUUCAUGGGCCUCAUCAGCUUGGAGCGCUACGUCAAGAUCGUGCGACAUGCCUCGGCCUAUUUCUUCCUGCAGAGUGUGAGCGUGGCACGGGUUCUGGCGCUGCUCACCUGGAGCCUUCUCCUCCUUUGCGUCUUACCCAAUGCGGUGCUGACCAGCCGGCCGGCCGACGAGGAGAGCUCUCGGCACUGCAUGCUCCUGAAGAGCCCGCUAGGGGUCCAGUGGCACCAGGUGUCCACCCUCUUCAGCGUGGCACUGUUCUGGAUCACACUGCUGGUUCUGGCCUUCUGCUACGCCUCCAUCGCCCGCCGGGUCUACCAGUCGUACCGCAGGGUGCACCGCCACAGCUCCGACGUGCGCCGCAAGUCCAACCGCAGCAUCUUCUGCAUCCUGGCUGUCUUCUUUGUGUGCUUCAUACCCUACCACGUCUGCCGCAUCCCCUACACGCUGAGCCAGAUGCCCUCUUCUGGCUUCAGUCGGGCUUCACGCUUCCUGCUCUUCCAGUUCAAGGAGGGAACACUCUUCCUGUCCGCCCUUAACGUCUGUCUCGACCCCAUCAUCUACUUCCUCAUGUGCCAAACAUUCAGAGAGUCCCUUCUCAGGAAGCUGUCUACAAGACGAAGGCCCGCGUCUCUCACCACCGCCCCCAGUCUCAGCAACAUUUAGGAUACCACGGACCAUGCGGGGGGUGGCGGCACAGCACAUGGUAGGAGAAGAUAUCCAAUACAACAGUAACAACGUAAUUGGACAAGUGAAUCAAAGUAAAGCGGGACAGUUUGUUGACCUGUGAUGAGGAAGUGGAGUGCCGUGAUGCCAGACUGCUGACAAAAGUCACGCUCAUGUUGUCUUUGGUGGCGGCUUGCUCACGAAUGUGAAAGCACACGUCAGCGUUUUAUUUUUUACUAUUAAAAAGUUGACUUGAGUAUUACCCUGAAGCUGUGUGUGUGUGUGUGUUCUUGCAUGAUUGUGUUUUAAAUUGUGUUAUGUAGUAAGAACUAACACCACCUGGACCAAAGAUUUACAUCAUUUACAUUUUCAUCCAAAGUGUAUCAUCCUCACUUAGACUGUACUGCACUUAUACAGUAGUGUGUAAUUACACUGCCCUCUAGUGGCGUCCGUAUGCAUGUAGGUAAAAAUACUGCAGUGUGACCACAAGGGAGCAGCGUAGGGAUGAUGAUGAAAGUCAUCUCUUUGAACCUUUGAGCAAAAAUGCAACAGAUGCAACUACUGCCCAGCUCUUGUGAUGAAAUGCCCAGGUUACACCAGACGGUCGUUGUAACACACAGACGACCACAAAGGUCCCUCGGUAGACAUGCUGUAUGCUGGGCCAAAUAAACGGGAUGCUUAAUUGUCUGCUUCUUCUUCUCAGAUUUUUUAUUUAAAAAAAUAUUUAAAACAAUACAGCCAGCAAGCAUAUUUUUGUAUUACUAUUUGUCUUUAUUAUUAGCAUAUUAGCUCUUAAACCCGUCCACAAACGUUUAGCAAAUACAAAAUGUGAGUGAGUGAGUGAGACCUCUCACACUGACACGUCUUUGUUUAUUUGUGUCAGCUCAAAAUAAGAUUUGUUUAUUUAUGAUACCGGUUCUAAAUAAAUUCUAAAUGUUUGUGUAUAAGGAAGCCUAUUUAUGAACAUUCAGAAAGGAUUAUUAUUAAAGAUUUUCCACAAUGCACCUUUCCUACAUGAAAUGUACAAAUGAAAAUACCUAAAACACAGGCCAAUAGUCAUAAAACAUGUA